UGGCCAAAAAGCGAGACAUAUUGAACCCUUAGCUAGUUGAAUUGAACUAAAAGAUGGCGGAGAAUCCUCCUAGAAAAUUGGGUGAGGAUGGAGGAGCAGAAGAUUACUACGAUUCUGAUGAUGAUCUUAUUAUGUAUGCGGACGGUCGCAGAAUGAGUAUCCAACUUCAGAAAGAGUAUCACAGGCAGGUCAGGGAGAGCGAGGGUUUUGAUAUCACUCUGGAUUUGACUUUGGAUGCUGCUAUUGGUGCUCCAGUUAUUCCCCAACGGGGUAAGGAGAACAAACCCAAAUUUGUUGACCUCUCCCAGUUAGCUAUUGAAGAUUUCAAUUCACAGAAUAGUUGUGUAGAAGAAGAAGCCCCCUUUGAGAGGUUCUCUUUCUUGGUUUUUAUAGCUUCAAGCUUUUUCAGCUGGUCACGAAUGGGCCCCUCUUUUGGUCGUGGAGACGUCCCUUUAUUUACCUUAAGGACAGCCGUCGCUACAAAAUACGAAUUUGUGAAAAAUGUGACUGUGAACACAUCAUAUGCUGCUGGGAUGUGGUGUUAUAUCACCUUUCAAGCCAGGGAUGCUGAUGAUACCAUAAAGACCUUUCAAGCAUUGGCGUGGUGGGGAAUUGACGGAGAUAGAGAUGUGAAAUUUUGCAGGUUUAAGAAAUCAUCCAAGUGAUGAAGCUGGCUUGGAAGGAAGAUAGAAAUGGCAUCAAGAGGAUUCCGAAUGCGAUUUCCUGUUGCAUUAAUUGUAAAUUGUGGAGAGAUAAGGAAAUCAUGAGGAAUUUGAAGGAGUUUUCAGUUCUCAAAUUUAAAUUUUUAGCGUGUAGCUUUUUGGUGGGGUUGGGACUCUAUAUGAUUAGAUGAUAUUAUGAAUUUGGUGGACUACCUUCAUUUUUAGCCAUCAUGUUUGUAUUUUGCACUAGUGCUGCGACGUUUUUGCUUUAUAUAGUAUGACUUUGACUUUUAGUCCUCUUUGACCUUUGCGGGGCUAAUUAGGCUCCUUGGGUAAAAAAAUAUUUGGUAGGACAGAAGUUUUCUUUCACAUUAAAUUAUGUUAUACCUAAAAAAUUCAACUCCCUUCUAAUUGCAACUUGUCUUUCGCGAAAGCAAGGUCUGCAUUUCUGGUUCAAGGUUUUUGCUCUUUGUAGAUUGGAACCGCCAAAUUGUUUUGUAUAUAGACAAGUGAUGAUGAGAAAAUUGAUGCUUUAAAUUUGUUUUGGGUCAACCCUGCUUUGCCUUUAUUUGUUAUAUAUACUUAUUAUUUUAUUUU